GGCGCCUGGCGCUCGGUCGCCUGGCGGUGUUGUCAAGCGCGGGGCAUGGCGGCGGCCGGCGCUGCGGCCAGGGCGGGCGAUGAGGCGGCCGGAGCGGGCUUGGUAGUCAACUGCUCAGGUCAAGGAUUGCAAAAACUGGGUCCAGCCUUGCCCUGUGAUGACGAUACUCAGACUCUGAUUCUGGACAAAAAUCAGAUAAUUAAAUUGGAGCACUUGGAGAAAUGCAGGAAUCUCAUGCAGCUCUCUGUAGCCAACAAUCGUUUGGUGCGAAUGAUGGGUGUAGCAAAACUGACCAAGCUCCGAGUGCUCAACUUGCCUCAUAAUAGUAUUGGGUAUGUGGAAGGGCUGAAGGAUUUGGUGCACCUGGAAUGGCUGAAUUUGGCAGGAAAUAACCUUAAGGUUAUUGAACAAAUCAAUUCCUGUCUGUCUCUUCAGCAUCUUGAUCUGUCAGACAAUAACAUUGCUCAAUUAGGUGAUCUCUCCAAGCUUACCUCGCUGAAGACUCUGUUGCUACAUGGAAAUAUUAUAACUUCACUUCGCACUGCCCCUGUUUGCCUACCUCAGAGUUUGACUGUUUUUUCUUUGGCAGAAAAUGAGAUCAGAGACUUAAAUGAGGUUUCUUUCCUGGCCCCUCUUUGCCAAUUGGAACAGCUGUCAAUUAUGAACAAUCCUUGUGUGAUGGCCACACCUUCUGUCCCUGGCUUUGACUACAGGCCUUAUAUUGUCAGCUGGUGUCUGAAUCUUAAAAUUCUUGAUGGAUAUGUGAUUUCUCAGAAGGAAAGUUUGAAAGCAGAAUGGCUCUACAGUCAAGGGAAAGGAAGGUCAUAUCGACCUGGGCAGCAUGUUCAGCUAGUUCAGUACUUGGCUACUGUUUGUCCUCUCACAUCUGCAUAUGGACUCCAGACUGAAGAGGAUGCCAAACUGGAAAAAAUACUGAGUAAGCAAAGACUCCACCAGAGGCAGUUGAUGCAUGAAAACCGAAAUGAAGAACCACCUACAACUUCUGCUCCCAGCAGAACAGUGCCAGUUGUCCAUGAACACAGUGGCCUGGGCCAGCCAUCACAGAUGGUUCUUGAAAAGGAACCUGUUAUCCAGAGGAAUUCUUGGGUUGGACCAAGUGCAAACAGUGAUCAUUCCUAUGCAGUAAAGAACACUUUUCUUCGUGAAAGAAGCUUUUCCAAGGAGCUACACCUUGAAGAUAUACAGACAGGUGAAGACAAACUGAACAGCAGCCUUUUAUCCUCAGAGUCUACUUUCAUGCCAGUUGCUUCAGGACUGUCUCCAGUGUCUCCUGCUUCAGACCUGAAGCCACAUGGAAUCAAUUUGGGCCUAGAAGAUGAUGAUACUACAGUGAUUGAAUGUGUGAGAGAUGUUAAUAGUAGGCAAGCAACUAACAAGCGUGAAGAUUUGUCUGUUACAGGAGAGGACUCUAAUAGAGCAGCAGGAAGUGUGGAAACACAAGAGAGUAUCAAAGAAAUCCUGCAGGUGCCUGCUUCUGAUCCAGUAGCAGCUGGGCUGGCUGCAAAGGCUGGCAGCUCUGUAGGGGCCUCUGGAGGCCAAGUUCUGUACAGUCAUCCCAGCACCCUGUUAGGUGCUGAAUCAGGAGUAAAAACUCCUUGUCCUGACCAGAUGACAGAAGAAAGGUCUGGUUCGCUGGCUCUGCAAGGUGCAGCACCAGCUGAUCAAGGUGCAGCUGAACUGCAAAGGAUGACUGAAGCAGCUACCAAGCUUCAGGCUUCCUGGAGAGGAUUUUACACGAGGAACUACCAUCCUCAAGCCAAGGAGGUGCGGAAUGAAAUUCGACUAAACAGAAUGCAGGAGCACAUCAUUUGCUUAACAGCUGAAAUAGAAAAACUAAGAAAAGAAAGAGAGGAAGAUAAAAUGCAGAGGCUUGUUCAGGAGGAAGCUGUCAAAUUUCUUUGGAACCAGGUUAAAUCCCUUCAACAAUGGCAGCUUUCAGUGAUGCAGAAUUUAGGAGGUGCUGUGAUCCCUUCAGCCAGUGCUUUAUGUUCAUCCAAACCACCUAUUCAGUCAUCCACAGUGGAGCAAGAAACACCACCAGCUGUUAGUUCUGCUAUGUUAGUUCCUGCUAGUGAGGAUGAUCUUCAGGAAAAGUCUUUGUUGCAGUUCCCAGAUUCUGGCUUUCAUUCUUCUGCAGCUGAUCAGACUGAUGCCAGUGACCUGUGUAGCUCUGAAAAGAGCUUAGCUGAAGAAACUGAGAGCUCCCUUUCAAUGGAAACCGUCAAAGAACGUGGCGAUUGUGUUUUAGUAUGUUGUUCAGAUGCAGAGGAUGGCCCUGGGGAGUGUGGGCAAAGUAAAGAGAGCUCUAGUAAUGAGCAGGACAGUGGUCUGAUAGAACAGUAUUUAAAAUCUGUUCAGCAGCUGGAAGAGGCUGAUGAAGACACAGAUUGCAAUGAGGAAAUGGAGGGCAGCUGUCUACAAAUUGCUGUGUCAGCAGAAAGCCAAGAUUCUUCCUCUGACACUGUCUCUGUAGAGCUCCCUCAAGACACAUCUUCCCCUGUCCGAGGUGAAAUCUGUCAGACACCACCAGAAAGCUACAAACUGAACUCAGAAAUAGUAGAAGGGAAGCAAACAGGCCAUGACUCUUCAUUUCAGAUGCUGCAUGUUGGGAUAGCUGUAUAAAAGGAUCAUUUCCACAGAGGACUAGGGAUUCCAUUUCACUUUCUCUUCCUUUUUCCUGUUUAUACAAAACUUAUUUUUCAUGUGUGCUGUUCCAGAUUUUGACUCAUGUUAUGCGUUUAUGUUGUAAUUACUGUUUUAUUGGUGUUGCUGAGGAUAGACACUAACUAUGCUAACCUGAAAUCAGCAAAGUUCUCAGUGACAAUCAUUAUGCACUUUAUUUUCAAACAUAAAACUGGUAUCCUAAUAACUGGCCUCCAUUAAAUUAAUUCUGAAGACUGGGGGGGUGGGUGGUGGUGGUAAUGUUUGCUGUAAAUUCACUUUGGUGAAUGUGUUAGUAAGUAUUUGUUUGGUUUUUUUUCCUGCAAAGAAAAAUUAAGGUCUUAUUUUGCAGAGAGAAGCAAACAAUUUGGGAAGAAAUGGAGUCAGUAUAGGCAGUAUAUCCUGCCAUAGGCAGGAUACAGCCUUCUGAGAAAGAUGAAAAGUUGCUUCUCUGACUUCUUUUGAAACAAGAGUAACUUGGUCAGUGUAUCAAAGAUGCAUUCCAGAAAACCAGUGUCUGAGUCUGUGACUUUUCUGUAAAUAACUGGAAGCUGCUGGCAAGGAAUUAGAUCAUUUACAUACACCAUGAAACAAGGACUUGGAGGAGAGAUACCUCGGGGAGUUUCAAACAAGCUUUGACCUUUGUUUGCCCUGGGGUUGAAUUUCCCUGCCUUCUCAGGUAAGACUUAAAAAUGGAACCAGCAGCAGCCAGGACUAAAUAAGAAUUUCUGAAAGGCGUGUGAUUUGGGAACAUCAUUUCCAAGACUGCCCUGCAGGGUACAGCAGCAGGCUUGGUGGCAUAUGUAUUAGAAUCCAGGAGGAUGCUGAUGUCCUUGAGGGAUUUGGAUUUGCAAGGCUUUCAAGACAUUGGUGAGUUUGAUGGAUCACAGCUAUUUCUAUCUACAGGUAUAAAUACUAAAAGCAAAUCCCAUUACUUAAAACUAUUUCAUGAUAUCUCUAUUGCAUUUGUUUUGUUUUUGGUUUUUUGGGUUUUGUUUUGUUUUUGCCUGUAUGUCCAGUAUUUGACAUUUUAAUUAGAUGUGGAUAAGAAGUUGUAUUUCUUCUCUGUUAGGAAAUAUGCUGAGAUACCUAGGCUAUGCUUUCCACUUAAACACUGGGAAAGCCGCAGGCUUUGUAUCUUACCUAGCCAUUGCUAUGUUGGGUUUUUUCAUGGAAAACUAUCAGGUAUCUUGGUAUACUUCAACAGUGACAAGGGAAAUCUGUUUUGCCAUGUGAUUUGUGAUGGAUACUAGUAAAAUAAAAGUUGUUGUUGUUAUCUACAGGGGUCCAUUGCAUUUGCUGAUGCUGCAUUUUGCAAUGUGUACUGGAAGGCCAGUGUUGCAGUAGUUUGCUAAUGUUUACUUCUCAGUUACAAAGACAUGCUUAUUGUAAUUGUCUGGAUCCACAGGUUAACUUCUGGUGCUAUGGUGUCACUACAACCAACUAGCACUCUUUAAAAAUGACUCUUAUGGCCACGUUACCAUGUAAAAUAAUUCAGUUUUUGUGAAAGCUUUGGUUGCAUGUCUGCCGUAGGUUCCAAGCUGAAAUUUACCACUACUCAGUAGUUUGGUGGGUGGCCAAUAUCUGCUUGAGGCCUCAAAAUAUCCUUUAUUUAGAACAUAAAUGGUGUAUUGGACUUGUACCAGCUGUGUUUCCAGUGGUGAAGUUCACCUUGGAAGAAUAAAGCUUAUCUCUGUGUAUAGAGUAGCCAUCAUCUCUCUUUCUCCCACUCUGAAAAGUUCUAGGGCACCAACUUCUCCAAAGAGCUGUCUCUGCAGUCAGGCUGACCCUUGACUGUGCCUUGCAUAUAUGGGAACUUUAAUGAAAACCCAGAACAACUGAGGUGGUAGGUUCUUAAUGUGCUGUCUUUCUAACUGAAUGUGGUUACAGCACGUUUGUAGCAUGACCGUAUUCAUAGUUAGAUCUUAAAGCGCAGUUGUGCUUGGGCAUUGAAAAUGGUACAGGUGUAUUAAUGUAUCCCAAGAUCUGAUAACCUGGGCAAAGCAAUGUGUAGUCCACAGGAUCAUACCCUUGUCCUCUGAAGGUGCUGAACUUGGCUUUAAAUCUGACACACUUGGGGGGUCUGCAGUUCGUAAGACCUAGCUCUUUGAAUAUCAGUAUGUUUAUAUAAAAAAUCCCAAACAUCAAAAAGAAGAUUUUGGAUUUUGAGAGAGGAAUUAUUUCAGUCUGUGGAACAGUUGUGGGAUCUUACACUCUGGAGGCAGUGGUCAGGUGUAAUGGAGGAAGUUCUCUUUCAUGGCAGAGUGCUUUAUUGCAAGACUUGGGAGAAACUAGACUGCCUGGAUAAUAACAAUGUUUCACUUACUGGAGACACUGAGGGACCACAUAUAUUUUGCUGUUUUGCAUUGUCACUUUUGCUGCAUAGUUAGAGGUGAAACAACUUGAAUUUUGGAGUUGUCAGAGGGGGACAACUUGGUGCAAGUAAAUUUUUCAUGGAAGCCCUAGAUGUUUCUUGACAUUUCCUUUGUUAUCAGGACUUGCAAGCACAAAGACAAUGCAACUUACUUUAACUAAUGCUGUAGUCAGCUGUUGUCCUUAUUAAUGUGUAACCUGUAUAUCCAGAAAUGGUUUUAUGCAGGUACAAUGAAGCAUGUACCAACAAAUAUUCAGCUUUAUCUUACUUUUUUUGGAAAACAAUGAAAUACUAGAAUUUUUUUUCUAAUAUUCUAAAAACUAUCUUGCAUGUGUAGAAGAUGAGUUGCCUAAAUAUAGAGAAAUCAAAGAAUGGUGAAGUUUUGGAUUAGUUUUUACAGGGUUAAAUUAGUCUGUAUAUACAGAAAUUAGUUUGUAUAUACAGAAAAUACUUUCAUCCUGACCAUUAAAAUACAUACAGGGAAAGACAUGAUGAGAGAUAGUGGAAAAAUAAUGACUAAAACUGGAUGUAUACUUAAAAUUGUCUUCUUUCAGCUCUGUUUUGAGCUCUCAAAGAAUCAUGAUGUAGAAGUAUCAUAGUUUAAUAUAUGGCUUAGCAUUUACUCAUCUUUGUUCAAGUAAGCUUCCUUAAUCUAGGUAUGUAAUGUUCUUUUAACUGGAUAGGGAUGCACAGUUGGAGGUGAUGGAAAUUUCAUAAAGGAAUUGGAAGGCCUAAAAUAUACCUGAAACUUUCCUGUGUUAAUACUAUAUUCUUUCCUUUUGCAAGGCUUCAUGUUCAGCAGAAGAAUGUACUUUGUAGAAGAAAAGCUUAUCUCUUAUGUUUUGUCCUGGGCUGAUCCUCCAGUGUUAGUGGGAGAGAUAACUUGGUUAUUUGCCAGCUCUGCCGUGAGUACAGUUCAAAUGCUUCUUUAAUUUGCUUCAGAAAAAUCAGAUAAAUAUAGCUCAGACUAUUUAAACUGCACCACAAGUAGUUUUGCCCCAAAUGAGAUAGCUGGCACAUGCAAGCCUAUUUUCAGCUAGUCUGUGGCAAAAAUUACUCUUUUGCCUCUUUUUCUGAAGGCUGAGACAAGUGGUUCUAUAUACCAUAAAGCAAGAAGGCAUUAAGACUGCAAAUUUUAUUUUGCUGCUUCUGAACCACAAAUGUCCUUCAGCAAAUACUUGAGAACAUCCAUGCUUAACUAAAUUGCAGAAACCUAAGUUGUUGAUUAAGUUUCUUAAACAACCAUAGGUUCUACUAUUUGCAUGCAGCGGUUUAAAUAAAGCACUUAGCAGCCAGUCUCUAUAUAAAAAAAGGUGUUUUUUUCUGAAUAAUGUUUGUAUUUGAGCUUGCAAAGUGCUCCUGUUUUUUAUGAAUUUGUAUAUAUCGUCUGAAGAAUUCUAACUUUUGUUUCUACUUGUGAGCAGGUUAUCUGAGGAACAAAAAUGGAGUAUAUGUUCCUUUGAGAUUACCUGGGUAAUUUUUAUUGCACUUGAUGUUCUAGUGUGUCUCACACAGAUACGCUUUGUCCUGAGAGGAUAGAAUUGUAGCAGUUGGGGGAGACUGAAUGACAAUAAAAUGUAAAAACUGGUCAGUUC